UCCCCUUCCUCUCCCUCUCUCUCUCUCUCUCUCUCAAGCCCAUCUUCAAAUCUAUAAUUUUUUCUCUCUCAAACCUUUCUUCUACGAUCUGAAUGAAGAGAUUCCAUCUAUUAUAAUUACCCUGAAUCAACCCAAUCUCCCCCACGCUCAGAUCAUCUCAUAUGAGUGGUGAAGAUCGCUGUUCGGAAAUGUCCGAGGACGACGAGGGUCCCUCGCCGUCAGAUCUCACCAACCGUAAUCGUAACGGCGAUUCCUGCUCACCCUUUCCAGAUCAAGUCCUUGAAAACGUUCUCGAGAGCGUCCUUUGUUUCUUGACCUCACGGCGUGACCGAAACGCCGCUUCUUUGGUCUGCAAGUCUUGGUACCGUGCGGAGGCGCUCACCAGAUCGGAGGUCUUCAUCGGAAACUGCUAUGCCAUUUCGCCUCGCCGUGUCACCGACCGGUUCAGGGGGGUCAACUCGGUGGUGAUUAAGGGGAAACCCCGGUUCGCUGAUUUUAGUCUUUUGCCGCCUGAUUGGGGUGCUCACUUCACACCUUGGGGCACUGCCAUGGCCGACGCUUAUCGUGCGCUUGAGAAAUUGUACCUUAAGCGUAUGUCUAUCACUUAUAAUGAUCUUGCACUGCUGGCUUGCUCGUUUCCGGUUUUCAAAGAACUGGUUUUGGUCUGCUGUGAUGGGUUUGGGACUAGUGGGCUCGCUGUGGUUGCCAGUCAGUGCAGGCAACUGCGAGUGCUUGAUCUGAUGGAGUCUGACGUUGCUGACGAUGAAGUGGACUGGAUUUCAUGUUUCCCAGAGAAUGAAACUUGUCUUCAAUCUCUGAUUUUCGAUUGUGUCGAUUGCCCUAUUAAUUUUGAGGCAUUGGAGCAAUUAGUGGCAAGAUCGCCUUCCUUGAGGAAACUUAGGUUGAACCAACACAUUUCACUUUGGCAGCUUCACCGUUUGAUGAGUCGAGCUCCACAGCUGACCCAUCUGGGUACGGGUUCAUUUAGCCCAUCGGAGGUUGUUUCUCAAAAUGACCAAGAACUUAACUAUGAUUCUGCUUUUGCUGCUUGCAAAUCACUAGUUUGUCUGUCUGGGUUCCGAGAAAUUGUACCAGAUUAUCUGCCCGCAAUAUAUCCAGUUUGUGAUAAUCUCACCUCUCUGAAUUUUAGCUACGCAAACAUCAAUGAUGAACAACUGAAAUCUGUCAUCCGCCACUGCCGUAAAUUGCAGAUCUUCUGGGUACUUGAUUCAAUAUGUGAUGAAGGGCUUCAAGCAGUGGCUGCUACAUGUAAGGAUCUUCGUGAGCUUCGGGUUUUCCCUAUUGAUGCUCGGGAGGAUAUUGAGGGCCCUGUUUCUGAAAUUGGUCUCCAAGCAAUUUCUGAGGGCUGUAGGAGACUGCAAUCUAUUUUGUAUUUCUGCCAGCGUAUGACGAAUGCAGCUGUGAUAGCCAUGUCGAAGAAUUGCCCUGAUCUUGUGGCGUUUCGUCUUUGCAUAAUGGGACGUCAUCGGCCUGACCACAUCACUGGUGAACCAAUGGACGAAGGUUUCGGAGCGAUUGUCAAGAACUGCAAAAAGCUUACUCGGCUUGCUGUAUCUGGCUUACUAACUGAUAAGGCUUUCGGUUAUAUUGGAGAGUAUGGGAAAUUGGUGAGGACUUUGUCGGUUGCUUUUGCUGGGGAUAGUGACAUGGGGUUGAAAUAUGUGCUUGAGGGAUGCCCUAGGUUGCAGAAGCUUGAGAUCAGAGAUAGCCCCUUUGGAGAUUUGGCUUUGUCAUCUGGUCUGCACCAUUACUACAACAUGAGAUUCCUCUGGAUGUCAUCUUGUAAAGUUACUCGCCGAGGUUGUGAGGUGAUUGCUCGACAAUUUCCCCGCCUGGUAGUCGAAGUGUUUAAUUCGGAGGAACAGGAAGGGAGGGAGACAGGUGAUUAUAUUGGCACAUUAUACAUGUACCGGUCUCUUGAAGGGCCGAGGGCUGAUGCACCGGAGUUUGUGCAUAUCUUGUGAUGAAUGGAAGAUGUUCAACUGUUCUAACUCUGGCUUCUAAGCAAUGUUUUAAGAAAGUGAACAUUGUGGGUAGGUCUUACUAGCCAUGGGACGGUCCUGCAUACUUUGUUGAUUGAAGAUGGUGUACCACUGUCUGUGUGCGACCUGAGCAAUUAAAAUGGUGUUCUACCACAAGCACUGUAUUUUAUUUGUUUCUUCCAGGUGGUUGAUAGAAGUGGAGUUGAUUUGGGAGAUGAGUUUCUCUCCAAAGGUGUUGGACCAUCCAAUGUUGUACCGGUACGCAUCUAAGUUUUAUUUUCUUUCUGCUUCAUAUUCAUUUCAUCAAAAAACAGUUUGGAGGUAGCUGUGGGAAGAGGAGGAGUUUGUUCUGAACCGGAGAUUGAUUGCACAUCUGUGAUACUCCACUGGAUCAAAUUUUUUUUCUUGAAGUGGAAAGUCUUGAAGAUUUGGAGAUUCAGAAAUGGGAAGUUCAUAUCGAGGGCAGAGGAUCGAGUUAUUCCUCUCUUUCCAUAGAAUUGAACCUGCCUAUUUUCAUUCAAAUGUUAGCUUUAAGACAACUUCCAAGUUGUAGCUGGUGAGAACUAAUUCUCAGAAUGAUACAUCACUCACUCUCUCCAUCUUUCUCUAGAAAUAUUUGUUUCUUUCAGAUGUGUUUGUUCUUAGCAGCUGACUGUUGAAUUUAUUAUUGUUAUUGUUAGAAAUGUGAGAUAGAUAAUAAAUGCCGAAUGUGCAUGGACCCAGAUGCUAGUGUUAUUGUGUCCUUGCUCCCUUUUUUUUUUUUUUUUAUCUGAACUUGGUAUGGUCAGCUUGAUAAUGAGGCCUAUUAAUGAUAUAUGGAAAG